CACACAGCGUAUACUGCCACUGCGAGUGCCGCCCUCUCAUGGCGGAAUCCUCGAGCCGCCUCGCGAAACCCUAAAUGGCGAACCGGCGGCGCCGCCACGCCCCUGUGCCGUAGCCUCGCCGCCCGCCGCGGGCCUGGGUCGGAAGGGAAGUCCCCUCGGAGUCGCUCUUGCUCCCGUAUCGUCUCCUCCCUCCCGCGCGAGUUCGCCUGCUGCCUGUGCGGAUCUUCGGCGGUGAGAGGGCGCCGUCGUCCUGCUGUUUCCGCUGCAUCCUAACCGAAAGUUUGCGGGGUUCAGCUGAACCCGAUGUCCCACGUUAGAUCCGCCCCUGGGCGGAGGAUUGGGCUCGACGAGCGAUCGCAAUGCAGCGAGCAGAGGGCCCUGGACUGGCAUGCGCUGAAGCAGGAUCCCGUGGAGUUGCUCCGCAAGCUGGAUGAGCUGAGGGACCAGAUCACGAGGACCUGCCAGAUUGUUGAGCUGCCGCCGCGGGAGCACCGUCGGGCGAACCGCCGAGCACUCUCGUUGCUCCCUGAGAACCCUGAGCCACCACCAAUGCCGGGGUAUCACUGCUCACGCUAUGGUGGGCGGUAUGGGCACUGCUUACCGCCGAGUCCCUAUGAGCCGCCACGUCCUGAGCUUGGGGAGAGGUACUCCAGACAGUCAAGUGGGCGGUAUCGGCAUUACCAAGGGAGGCAAUGGGAUAACUGUGGAGUUGGACAUGGAAAUUAUAAUCCUUAUUCAUGUUCCUGUCCGCAUUGUCUACAUGGACAGAGGACUGCACCACAAGAAGAGCACAUUCCAAUGGCAAGAUACUUUGCUGGGCAGCAUGAGUGCUACCGGUUUGAAAGGUCGCCAUCUGUCUCAUCGGACUAUGACCGGAGGUCUGUGGCAUCAUCAUUGUACUCGCAUCGGUCAGUAUCAAAGAAGAGGGCUGAGUAUUUUCGGAAGAAGGCAGAGCAUCUUUGCCGUCCUGUCUAUGGCGCCGCCCCAUUUGUUGUGUGCAGUUCUUGUUAUCAUCUAUUGCAGGUGCCUAUGGAAAAAUGCAUGGGGAGGAAUCGGCUGCAAUGCGGGUCUUGCUCUGAGAUUAUCAGUUUGAGGCAUGAGGAAAAAGUUAUUCCUAUCUCACCAUCAACAUCCUUUUGUGUAUCAAAAACCGAGCAAUGUUCAACUGAUCAAACUAAGCGAGAUUUUGAGCACCAGCUCAAUGAUUUUGCCAAUUCUGCUUUUUACAAUUUAAAUGAGCAUAGCAGCAUGCAAAUCAACAUGGACUUUGGUGAUGAACAUUCAGUUUCUUCUACCAUUAGUCACGACAGGACUGAGAAAGGGUGUGAAUCAAGCAGGAGCAUUCAGUUAAAAACAGAUGAGCUGUUGUUGUCUCCAAGUAGAUCUGGAGAUAUUGAAAGCCCGAAAGACAUAUUAUGCGAAAGAGAUGCUGAGUGUCAAGCAGAACCUUCAGAUGUUCGAACCAACCCAUGUUCCCCAGUUUUAGAGGACAAGCUUGUCGAUCCAUUGUGCAGUCAGGAAAAAGAUAAUAAUAGUGAGGAUCUAAGCACAGCUAAUAGAUCCGAUGUGAAUUACAAAGGAGAACACAAAGUUAGUGAUGACGAUGGGAGACUUAGUUUGGGAAGUGAACAAAAGGUCAAGGAAUGCAAUGAAGAUUCCUCUGUGGAUGAAAGUGUGUGCACAACGCACGAACAGAAGAGCAAGGAAGAUCAAUAUUGUAGCAUUGAAGAUGUUAGCAGAACACAUGAACUGGAUAGUAGUGGUACAAAAGAUAACAUUAUCAGUAUUGAAGAUGGAAAAGGAAGGCAUGACUUGGAAAGCAAAAUAGAUGAUAUCAACAGUCUUGAAGGUGAUAAUGUGAACAAGGAAUAUGGGCAAAAGAGCAAAGAAGAAGAAAAUAGUGGCCUUGAAGCUGAGAAUACUGAGAAGGGAUUUGACGAAAACAACAAAGAAAACAGCAAUAGUGCCCUUGCGGAUGCCGACGCCCCCCUUGAAGAUACUGGAGAUGCCUUUGAUGCAGCAAGCUUAAAUGAGAGAUGUGAAGAAAAGAAAACAGAGGAAGAAAAUGGAAAAUUGGACCAACCUUUUGUUGAAGAUGGCAAUGCCCUUGUAGAGAGUGGUGGUUCAUCAUUUAACGAGCGUUCAAAUUCUGGUUUUUCUCGUGGUUCUUCCGAGACUGCAUUAGAAGAAGAUCAGCCCUCAACUGGUAAGAGUGGGGAUUCAAAAUUUUUUGCUGGUUUCCUGAAGAAGGGUUUCAAGGACCUUUCUUUAUUUAAUCAGUCCAUGGACAGUGUUAAGGUUUCAAUUAAUGGCCAUCCUAUCUCUGAAAGAGCUCUUAAGAAGGCAGAGAAAAAGGCUGGCCCAGUUGAGCCUGGAUCUUAUUGGUACGACUAUCGUGCUGGCUUUUGGGGUGUCAUGGGAAGAGAAUGUAUCGGCAUUAUCCCUCCAUUCAUACGAGAAUUCAAUUACCCAUUGGCCAGUAACUGUGCUAGUGGGGAUACUGGUGUUUUCGUCAAUGGAAGAGAACUUCAUCAGAGAGAUCUAGAUUUGCUUGUAGGAAGAGGGCUUCCACGCAUAUCUGGAAAAUCAUAUUCUGUUGAGAUUUCUGGAAAUGUUACUGAUGAAGCAACCGGCAAGAAGCUCCGCAGUCUUGGGAAACUUGCCCCCACGAUCGAAAAGCUGAAGCGUGGUUUUGGCAUGCAUGUUCCAGAAGAGUUUAGGUAACUGGAUAUAAUAGUGGAUCUCUUUGCUAGUAAUUCAUCCCCCUCAAAGCUGCAAAUUGGAGCCAAGUUUGUGAUAUCAACUAAUAGUGAGAUUGAAGCUUUUUAAGUGUACCGCAAGCAUAGACGCACAGCAAGUUGUGGUGCCCAAGAAGCUGGUAGAUCACAUGUUCUCACGAUUUUACUAUUAAUAAUCUUCCUCCUACUAAUUCCAAAGCUCAAUGCCUUUUACUGAAAAUGAUUUGAUUCGCCAGGCAGCUCUAACUUCUCUGCUCUGCCUGUGCAUGUUUCUUAUCUGUGCUAUCACCAUGUCGAUAUGUUGCCUCACCAUGGGAAGCAUUAGGUAUUUGUGCAAUUGUCGGCUUGUAAUAUAUUGGGUAGAGCUAUACAUUUUCUAAUAUAUAUAUUUGUAAAUAUAUACUGGUGUAUCACCUCUUGCUGGUA